AUGUUGAAACAACACCUGGACAUGAUCGGCAGGAACGAACCCAUCCAGAGAAAAGCCAGAUUCUGGCAAUCCUACGUCAGAGCAUUAAAAGGAUCCGACGACAUGAGGGCACCGGAAAUCACACACUACCACACCCCCGGCAGGGGAGUGUUCAGGCCCAUCUUGAGCGCCGACUACCCGACAUGGCCCAGCUAUAAGUCCAUCUACGACGACCCAAAGCACCCAUCGGACAGAAUCAACACACCGGGAUACCGUUACCUGCCAAUCUCCAGAGACACAUACGGCAUUUCGCCCAGGAACAUUUACCCGCACAACUACCACUCCGACCGCUACCCUUCAUACGAUCACUAUCACAGCGAACCGUACAAAGCGCUACAAGAUUGGACGGAUCAUUUGGAUCGCAUGGCCGAACUGAACAAAAUAUUCCCCGGAGACCAUCCGGCGUACUACGAGCCAAAGAAACCCUUACCGUUACCGGAAAGACGAGCAAAAUCCCUACCGCCCGUCAGAGGUUACAACUUCUCAGGUUUACCUAUUUACUCGACCGGCGGCGUUAAGAGACGACCACUGUCCGAGUUGUUUGAGCCGAGCGUAUACACACCCAGGUCCAGAUACGUCCGGGACCCAUGGUGGUGGGAAUACCCACAUCUGAAACCCUUCACUCCAGUUAGCUCAUCGUACAGGCCACCCGCAAAAUCUUAUCUGAGGAACAGCUACUUGUCACCGGUGAAGAGGACCUACUUGUGGGGACACCAUCCCAUCAGGCCUUUCACUCCAAGCUACUAUUAUUAA